UUCGGGUCUGGGCGCGGCUUUUCGGAGUUUUGACGUGAAGCAGUACACGAGGUACUUUUUAAUCUUCCAGUGCAGUAAUCUUAUUGACGAUGCACGUUACAUUUUUAUUUUAAUAUUGACGCUUCUUCAUUUAUCUCAUACUCUUCUCAUACAUCAAUGUCGUCCACUGCAUCCAUAGUUCCCAAUGUUUCAUAUCAUUUACCUAAACCUGUUACACAGAAUUUCCAACAUUUCGAUUGUAAUUCUGAUGGUUCAGUGUUAGGAUUUAAUCAUCAAUCAUCAUCAUCAUCAUCAAAUAGUAAUUAUGGUUCUACAACUAAUUUCAUGAAAUCCGGUUCAUCAUCAUCAUCAUCGAUAUGCACUUCCAAAUUGGUCUCCUAUAAUUUAGAUAAUGCUUUACGUUUAUCUUUAAAAUCAUCCGCUGUCCAACUGAAUGGACAUAUAUCAAACUAUACAGAAAAACUAUCCCAACAACCUUUGUCUUUCCAUGAAUCAUCAGCUCCUCCUUUGGAUUCAAUAAUCAAGCAAAAAAUUCAAAGUUUACCCAGAUCUUUAAUCUUAACAGAUUCCAAUGAAUGUAAAUCUGUCGAGAAAAGUUCUCUUGAAAAUAAACUCCUAUGUUCCGAUGAUGAACUUGAACAUUUAUGUCAGGCCGGUAUUCAUUGUAUACCAAGAAGAGCUUUAGGGUUUGGUAACUCUGGGAAUACAUGUUAUCUUAACUCUGUACUUCAAUGUAUUAUGGCUACUGGUCCUUUACUUGCAUAUAUCAAUCAUAAACAUUCAAAUCCUAGCAGUUGUAUGAUCACUAAUGGUCGAUCUAAUCUUUCGAAUUUGAACAAAUCACGUUUUUGUGCUUUAUGUGGUCUUUCUCGUUUGUUAAAUGAACAUCACUCACAAAAUGGACGUACAGUUCCUGUUUACUUUGUAUCCAAUGUUCGAGCUAUCUGUCCAAGUCUUCGUCCUUAUCAACAAGAGGAUGCACAUGAAUUUCUACUUGGACUUUUAUCCAGAAUGGAAGAUAGUUCAAUGGCAGGUUUAGGUGAAGAAAAAAUACCUAGUAAAAUAUCUGAAACAAAUGCAAUCAGACGAAUUUUUGGCGGUGUAAUACGUUCAGAAGUGACAUGUCAUUCUUGCCUGAAAGUUUCAGCACGAGAUGAACAAUGCUUUAAUCUGUCUAUGGAUAUCACAUGCGCUCGAAGUUUACAGCAAUGUCUGUAUAAUUAUAUUCGUAGUGAAGAGUUAUCUGGUCAAAAUGCAUAUAAAUGUGAAAAUUGUCGUCAACUUCGACCGGCUACAAGAAAGUGUACCAUUUAUCGUGCACCGCCUAUUCUUAUUGUUCAACUUAAUCGAUUUUCACGUCAUCAAAAGCUUGAUGUACGUGUAGACUAUCCAUCAUCAUUUAAUUUACGUCCAUUUAUGACACAAUCAAAAGGUGUACCAGUGUUAUAUAAAUUAUAUGCUAUUGUAAAUCAUGAAGGAUAUAGUUGUCGCAGUGGACAUUAUGUUUCAUUUACACUACGUCAUGGUCAAUGGUUAUCAUUGAAUGAUAGUUUUGUUUCAACAACAAAUCCUGACCAUGUUUUACGUCAGUCUCCCUACCUCUUGUUCUAUGAAGCAGUUCGUAGUUCAACUAAUAAUACAAUUAAUCGUUCACUAGUAGCCACUACAGAAUCUUCACUUGAUAUUAAUCCUCCGAAAUUAAACAAUUCCCAAUCAGCUCCUGUCAAUGAUACUACUGUCAAACAACCACAACAACAACAACAACAAACAUCACAAUCACAACAGUCCACAACAAAAUCUUCAUAUUUACUAUCAUCAUCAUUAUCAUGUACACAGCCUAAUCAUCAACAUCAUCAUAAAUCUUUCAAUGCGAUCAAAUCAACAAAUUUACUACUACCUCUUGUAACCAAUAGCACCAACACCACCACCACCACCACGACAUCAUCUGUGAUUGCAUCGACUUCAGCGCCAACAAUGAAUUCAUUGUCCAAUUGUAACAAUCCUAAUAAUAAUAAUAAUAAUACAAACACCACAGUGUCUAUACCGAAAAUUGUUUUCAAUGCUAAACUUUCAUUGAACAAAAUAAAUAUCUUGCCCUUACCGAUUACUCCGUCUACAUCCGUGUCCAAUAGUCUCACCAAUUCAAUGUCUCUUCUUCCUUCAACAACUAAAACCAUUCCAAAUGGUAUUAUCAAUUGUGAUAAGAAUUCUCAUCCAAAUGUUUUGUCAACAAUCCAAUCAGCUACGACCAAUAGUAGUAAUAAUAAUAAUAAUAAUAACAAUAAUAAUGAUAAUAUUACUACUACUAAUAAUAAUAGUAGUAGCACGAUACCCAUCUCUUUAUCAGCGCCUACUGUCCGAGAGUUACUGUAUGGUAAAGAGAAUUCAACAGAUUUAUGGACUGGACGUCCAACAUCGUCGACUGGAUCUGUUUUAUCAUCAUUUUCAACUUCUUCUUCUUCCUCCUCCUCAUCGUCGUCAUUGUCAACUGCAACGACAACAACGAAUAAAUCUAUGAAAAGGGAUUCUACUAGUGAUGAACGAAAAUCAUUAGUCAACUCUCACAAUCAUUCUGACAAUGCGGCAAAGCUACAAACCACUUCUUCUUGUCAAUCACCAUCAGUCAGCAAUACUGUUGUAGGCUUGAAACAAGAAUUGACAAAUUCUUUAGUGGAUUAUUCUUAUGAGGAAUCGAGUAGUGAUAAUAAAAAUCUCUCACCACCACCACCUUCCAAACGAAGUCGAACAUCAAACAGUGGUUCUGAUUCCGGUAUUGUUUGGGUACCUGAUCAUCAUAUUGAAAAAUCUAAAAAAUAUCAUUUAGAUAAAUCUUCAUCUAGUGAACGUAAACAUCAUAAGAAAAAGCAUAAAAGUCGUCAUCAUUCAUCGAAACACAAUUCUCAUCAUAAUCAUUCUUGGAAUGGUUCCGAUGAUAGCCGUCAUCGUGAUCGAAGACUUGAACGUAACAGCAGCAAUCGACUUCGUUCUCCCUCUUCUUCUUCUUCUUCUCCGUCUCCUCCUCCUUCUCAUCAUCGUCAUCGCCACCACCAUCAUGACAAUCAUCGUCGUCAUCGUCACACUCAUAAAAAGCAUCGACAUGACUCAACAGAUUCCAAAAAUCAUCGAUCCCAUUCUCAUCAUAAACACCGUAAACAAUCGCAUAGUCGUGAAAAUGGAUAUAGGUAAUAAUAAUAAUCAUAAUCAUAAUGAUAAUACUACUACUAAUAAAAGUGAGAAUUCCCAUUGUUUUUAUUCCAUAUUACUUACUAUAUAUAUAGCACAUUUUCUCGUUGGUUAAUUAUCAUUUCAUUUGCAUGAUGCAUUCACACUUUUUAAUGUAAUUAUAAGCAGCUAGCUAGCUAGCUAGCUAUAUAUGGCUUCAGCUUUAUACAUUAUUUAUUUAAUUUUAUACGAUGACGAUGACGGCCACUAUUCAUGCAUGAACCUACCAUUUCUGUGUAAAAAACAAACAAACAGCUAUUCCCUAAAUGAACCAAUCAAUUCAUUCAUUGUAAAAGACCGGUGGAGUGUCUUCCUGUGACCACCUGGAUGAUGGUGGUGUUGGUGUUGGUGUUAUUAUUCCCUGUGAAGAGUAACACAGUCGCCUCUCUCUGCUUGCUGUAUCUUUUUAAACUAUGCUAACUGUGUUGUCGUUGUGGUUGUUGGUGUGGUUGGUUUUUUCUAAAACACAUUUAUUUUAUAUUUUCUUGCUUCUUUAAUUCCAAAAUUAAUCUUAACAUAAAAUUGUACAGUUGUCUUUUCUCUUGUCAAAUCAUCAUCAUCACUAUUAUUAUUAUUAUCAUUGACUGACUGACUGAUCGUCGUUGACAAACACGACCAACAUAUCAAUCAAUCUUAAUACAUGAAAUAACAUUUCUAUCCCUACUACUACUACUACUACUACUAC